AUGGCUUCUUCACCAACGCCUCAGGCCGUUGAGGGCUCCAGUUACAAACCUAGAUACAUCGAUAUUGGUAUCAACUUAACCGACCCCAUCUUUCGAGGCAAAUACCACGGCAAAGAGCGACACCCCGAUGAUCUCGAUGCUAUUAUCGAAAGAGCCCGUGAAGUUGGUUGUACAAAACUUAUAGUGACCGGCUCAGACCUUGGCAACUCUCGAGAUGCCCUCACCCUUGCCAGAGAUUAUGCCGGAACUAUCUUCGGGACUGCAGGCAUUCAUCCCUGUAGCAGCUCCGUCUUCAGUGAAGCGGGUCCUUCUCACGAGUCUGAGCACACGACACCAUGUGAUCCCGAUCCUUCAGCUCCGGUCUCGGAAGAUCACCCCCCUUGCCCAACAAAGACCGAUAAACUCAUCAGAGACUUGACUUCUUUGGUGACAGAAGCCCAAGCAUCAGGCCACAAGAGCCUUGUGGCUAUGGGUGAGUUUGGGCUUGACUAUGAUCGACUGCAUUACUGCUCGAAGAGCAUACAGCUCCAUUCCUUCGCAGCUCAGCUCCAGGUUGCUGCGUCGAUAUCUCCUCAGCUCCCCUUGUUCCUCCACUCUCGCGCCGCCCACAAUGACUUUGUUCGGCUUCUGAAGGAGGCGUUUGGUGAGAAGCUAGAGAAGUUGGAGAAGGGCGGCGUAGUGCAUAGUUUCACUGGCACAGCUGAGGAGAUGCGCGAAUUGAUGGACUUGGGUCUAUACAUUGGUAUCAAUGGGUGCAGUUUCAAGACUGCAGAUAACUGCGCUGUUGUCAAGGAAGUUCACCUCGACCGUCUCAUGAUUGAGACCGAUGGACCAUGGUGUGAGGUACGACCAAGCCACGAGGGCUACAAGUAUCUGAUCGAGAAGAAAGAGACGUCCAAUACCGAGAACCAACAGAAUGGGACUGCCGCUGAGUCGGCACAAAAAGCGCAAAAACAGUCGAAGAAGAACCAGAAGAAAGAGCCCGAGGUCCCGGAACGAUACAAGACUGUCAAGAAGGAAAAAUGGGAAGAGGGAGCCAUGGUCAAGGGGCGGAACGAACCUUGUAAUAUCGAGCGUGUCGCCAAGAUUAUUGCAGGUAUCAAGGGAGUUAGUAUCGAGGAGGUUUGUGAAGCUGCAUGGAAGAACACAGUGACAGUUUUCGGACUUGAAGAGAGCUAG